AUGAUUCACACUCUAAGUAACCAGGCUAUAAAGGACAUAACUGCUUUGGAGCUAGGACUACAUUUCUAGAAGGUAGUGGCAACAGAGGGAAGGAUGGAAGCAUUUCAAAUUCCCCAAUUAUAACAGGGUACUGCUAGUUAUUUCAUCCACAUGGAACCAGGAAAUCAAACACAUGCUUCAGAAUUUCUCCUCCUGGGGUUUUCAGUGACGUCAGAGAUUCAGUUCAUGCUUUUUGGGCUGUUCCUGUCCAUAUACUUGGUCGCAUUCAUGGGGAACCUGCUCAUCUUCCUAGCCAUCUGCUCAGACUCCCACCUCCACAUGCCCAUGUACUUCUUCCUCUCCAACCUGUCAUUUGCUGACAUCUGUUUCACCUCCACGACCAUCCCCAAGAUGCUGCUGAACAUCCAGACUCAAAGAAAAACCAUAACAUAUGAAGGAUGCCUCAGCCAGAUAUUCUUUUUCAUUGUAUUUGGAUGCCUGGACAAUUUACUCCUGACUGUGAUGGCCUAUGACCGCUUUGUGGCCAUCUGUCACCCCCUGCACUACUCAGUCAUCAUGAACCCCCAGUUCUGUGGGCUGUUGGCCCUGGGGUCCUGGUGCAUCAGUGUCAUGGGCUCCCUGCUCGAGACCUUGACCCUUUUGAGGCUGUCCUUCUGCACAAAAAUGGAAAUUCCACACUUUUUUUGUGAUCUUCCUGAAAUCCUGAAGCUUUCCUGUUCUGACACCCUCAUCAAUAACAUAGUGGUGUAUUCUGCAACUGGCCUUCUGGCCGUGAUUCCUUUCCAUGCAAUACUGUUGUCUUACUAUCAAAUUAUUUCCUCCAUACUCAGCAUCUCCUCAGCUGCAGGGAAGCACAAAGCCUUUUCCACGUGUGGGUCUCACCUCUCCAUGGUCUCCUUGUUCUAUGGCACGGGCCUUGGUGUCUACCUCAGUUCUGCAGCAACUUCUUCCUCCAGGAUGAGUCUGGUGGCCUCGGUGAUGUAUACCAUUGUCACCCCCAUGAUGAACCCCUUCAUCUACAGCUUGAGGAACAGGGACAUGAAGAGAGCCUUGAGCAGGCUACUCAUCAGGAUGGUGCCACUCAGUGUCAGGACCAUUAUAGGACUCUCCUGA